AUGAAAAGAGGGGUGGGGGAAACCAUAGAAUGGGAUUUUCGGUGGCGUAGAGAGUUGUUUGAGUGGGAGUCGGAGAUGCUUCAAUAUAUGAUGGAUGAAAUUGGGUCGGUGUCAUUUCAAUUAGGGAACAGAGAUCAUGUGGUUUGGCUAGGCGAUCCUUCGAAAAGCUAUUCUGUUAAGUCGGCAUACAAAGUCUUAACGGAAGACAGCAAUUCGGAGAACCAGUUGCCAUUUAAGAAGCUAUGGAUCAAGUUUGUGCCAUUGAAAGUGACGAUUUUUGGAUGGCAGGUGUUUCAGAACCGCAUUCCCUCAAAGGAAAAUUUAUGUAAGAGAGGGAUAGUAGAGAACUCGGCGAUCAACUGUGUUUGGGACUGUGGAAAGGUGGAAACAACAUCACAUAUACUCUUUGAAUGCACUAAUGCCUACAAAGUUUGGAUGGAAUUAUGUAGAUGGUUAGGGGUGAAUUCAGUGAUGCAUAAUGACUGUAUUGUACAUUUUAACGCGUUUACUGAAGUAAUGCAGGGGAGAAAAGGCACAGAAUCAGGACUUCGAACCAUAUGGCUUGCGUGUAUAUGA